AUGAAGUCUUCACUCUUCGCCCUUGCUUUCGCAGCCAUCACCCCUCUCGUCGCUGCCGCCGACAGCCUCUACAAGGGUAACGAGGCCGUCUGCGGUAGCCUUGGAGUCAUGAACGUCGCUCCCUCUGACAUCCCAGAGGGUGUCCAGGCCUCUGAGAUCCGUCUCUGCGCCGACCACCCCAACGGGGGUCGCGACCGUGAGCUCGAUCCCAAGAAGGGCGCUUCCCUGGCUCCUUUUGAGAACAAGAAGCCUAUCCAACACUCUCCCAAGAACCUCUUCGAGCGAACUUGCGCACUCACCGCCCCAUACGGCUGCUCUGAUCGUUUCUGCUGGAAGGGCCCUGGAGGGGAUGUCACAGUUGGCACGACUGCGGGAUGGACGAUGAGCACUACGGCUGCGGACAAAAUUGCAGGACACGUCCCCAAGAUUGCGGCUGUUCCUGCUAGAGGUACCACACGUUACACUCGAUAUCUGAGUGAAAAGACUGCAUAUUUCGCUUCUUAA